CGAUACUGCCUCUUGACACCGGCCGACUUGCAUUGCGCAGCCGCAUCAAUAAGGUUUGGCCUCGCGUCGCCGCUGGUGUUUGCUCUUGCUGCCCCUCCAUCCGGGCACGUAAAAAAGCCCGCCCGCCCGCCGCCGUUCGGUCCACGCCCGCCCCCAAAGGCCAGGGUCUUCUUCCCCCCUCCGAAAUUCCAUCCACAUCCCGCCGGCCGAGACCGAAGCGAGACAUCCAUCUACGUUACUAUCCAUCCUUCUGCGUUCACGCAUCGCACGACGACGACGAAACGAAACCCGCUGUCGGCGCCCGCAUACCACGAUACCAAUUCCACGACGCCGCCGCCCGUCAUCCCGCCCCGCUCCUCAACAAUGCCCGCCCCAAUGAUACCCCAGAGUCAAUUCGACUCCAUCCCCGACGCCAUUGAGGCUUUCCGACGGGGCGAGUUCCUCGUCGUCCUCGACGACCCGGGCCGUGAGAACGAGGCCGACCUCAUCAUCGCCGCCCAGGACAUCACCACCGAGCAGAUGGCCUGGAUGGUGCGCUACUCCUCAGGCCUCAUUUGCGCCCCGAUCAAGCCCGCCCGCGCCGAUGCCCUCGACCUGCCGCCCAUGGUCCGUGCCAGCCAGGACCCCCGUGGUACCGCCUACACAGUCUCCGUCGAUGCCGCCGACGAGUCCGUCACCACCGGCAUCAGCGCCCAUGACCGCGCCCUCGUCUGCCGCGUCCUCGCCGACCCCACCUCCACCGCCACGAGCCUGCGCCGCCCCGGCCACGUCCUGCCGCUCCGCGCGCACCCCGGCGGCGUGAGGGCCCGAAUUGGCCACACCGAGGCCGCUGUGGAGUUCUGCCGCCUCGCCGGCAAGCACGCGGCCGCCGCCAUCUGCGAAGUGGUCGAGGACGGCGACGAGGUCCCUGGCCGGGCAGUGCGCGCCGCCACCGACAUGAUGAGGGGAGAGGCAUGCAUUACCUUUGCGCGCAAGUGGGGCUUGAAGGUGUGCACAAUCGCGGAUCUCGUCGAGUACGUCGAGAAGACGGAGGGUAAGCUGGAGGUCAACGGCUCCUAGCUUUCAGGGUUGUCACCCGUACGACGAAUGGCGGUUUCAGAGCGGCGAGGGCGGGUGAUGGUUUGCGGCAAGGAGCGGCGUUUUUGCGACAAAAAUCUAUACUCAUCCUCCCUUUUGGGUUUGUAAACGGCAUUUGCUUCAGGGCAUUCUUCUGGCAUGGCUCGACAAUCUGCAGUUCUUGGGUUGCUUAGAUAUUCCUAGUUGCCUUUCGGCGGGCUCAUCCAUCAUCUAUGGAUAUUUGUCUGUCUGUAUGCAAUAGAACAUCAUUGGAUAACACAUCCGCUUUUGAGAUGCCUGGUCCGACGACAGCUGUUCGCCUCCAGUGUCGCGUGCAUUAGGAGUACUGAGGGAUAGUUACUUCUGUUAGGUUAGAUCAUAGUCU